GGUUCUUUGUCUUAGGUAUCUUGGCGGUAAGAUGCCGGCAUUCGCGGAGGCGCCGGCGCCGCCUCCUCCUCCUCCUGGCCGCUCGGACACAAGCAGCGAUGACAAAUUCUGUGGCCAGGUCUCCAAUGCCGUUUCUUCAUUCGUGGAUUCAUUCGUAGAUUUCAUAGUUGGAGGGCAAAUUCUCAGCAAGCACGCUCAAUCGAGCGCAAAUUCUUUCCAUCCAGCGGCUGGAGCGGGAGGCGAGGCUAGGAAUCACGGCGGCGACAGCGGCAUGGGCAUCGUCACGAGAAUCCCAGCAGUGGAGAGGUUAGUCGCAAUAGGGGACAUUCACGGCGACUUGGCCAAAACCCGGGAAUCGCUUCGCAUCGCCGGCGUCGUGGACGAGGAUGAUCGAUGGAUCGGGGGAAAAACAGUGGUGGUCCAGGUAGGGGACGUGCUGGAUCGAGGCGGCCAGGAGCUCAAGGUGCUCUACUUGCUGGAGAGACUAAAAGGAGAGGCCCAGCGGCACGGCGGCGAUCUCCACAUCAUGAAUGGCAACCACGAGGUGAUGAACAUCGAGGGGGACUUUCGCUACGCCACCAAAGAGGCACUGGACGAGUUCUCGGCAUGGGCUCAGUGGUAUAGGCGUGGCCAGGCUCUCAAGGAACGCUGCCAUGGAUUGGGACGUCAACCCGACGCGUUUAGAAACGUGAGGAAGAGCAUCCCCGAUGGAGUCCGUGCUAGAUAUGCUGCUCUACGACCGGGUGGCCCGAUCUCUUCGCGUUUCUUGGCUCACCACCCGACUAUACUCAUCGUUGGAAGCACCGUUUUUGCUCACGGAGGAAUUCUACCAUCCCACCUCGACUACGGACUGGAGAAGAUAAAUGCCGAGGUGAGGGAUUGGAUUCAAGGACGGAAAGGCCGGCAAGCUCCAGGCUACUUACGAGGGAAGGACGCUGUGGUGUGGGCUAGACAGUACUCCAUUCCAGUGGAGAGUUUGUGUGACUGCAAGCUCCUAGACGAGGUUCUCACGGGGAUAUCAGGGGCGAGUAGAAUGGUAGUCGGGCAUACGAUCCAGGCUCCUUUCGGGAUCAACUCGGCUUGUCAGAACCAGGUGUUUCGAGUUGACGUGGGAAUGUCGAGUGGCUGCGCCAACACUGCUCCUGAAGUUUUGGAAAUCCGACACGACACUGUUGUCCGGGUUCUCUCGAAAGAGAAGGAGAAGGCGCCCCCGCAAGCACCACCUGGUUUAGCUUCGAUUUUAGAUCGAGGCAAAUCUCCGAUAUUGCUUCAGUCAAAUCUAAAAUUUUAAGUUCCAGUUUUCCGAGAUUC